GUUAUCAGUUAUCACUUAUCUGUAGGCAAACUAUUUGUGUACUGCUAAUAAUUUUGGAGUUGCAACCUUAAAAUUGUAAAGCAAUUAAGUACCAGUUUACGAUUUUUUUACAAUACUCAAAAAUGUUUGUCAAGUGGGAUGAAUUAAUGGAUAUUAUAACAGAUUAUAGUGUUCAAAAUAAAUUAUUGGAAAAAUUUUGUGAUACAGCUCAUGAUAAAAAAGUUAAUUUUUGCAUGAGUAAUACAUUUAUUAGGAGUUGCAUAGAUCGUUGGUUGGACAGUCCUGAGUUUGACAAUAGUCUGAAAAAUGUUAACAAGUCUAAACAUAUUCGAGUAGAAGGGAAUAAAAUUCUAAAAUUAAAUGAUUAUGAAAAGUGUUUUAACUUAUAUACUCAAGCUGCCCAGUAUGCAUUACCCGACAGUUUAGAAUAUGCUUUAUCUCUUUCAAAUCGUUCUGUUGUUUGUUUUAAACUAAAUAAAUUUUAUGACUGUUUGAAGGAUAUUGAAAUGACUUUGGAUAUUUUGAAUUUGAUCAAUUCUAGUUUUAAAGAUAAUGAAAAAGAUAUUUUAGUUGUAAAACUUUUAAAACGUAAAAUACAAAGUUUAUUAGCUCUAUGCCAUUAUACAAAUGCGUACACUUGUUGGCAAGAGUUAUCAAAAAUGUCACCAAAUAUUUAUAAAAAGUUUUUAGAUGAUGAGCUUAUUCAAAGAUGUAACGACUUGCCAAAAUAUUUUAUUAAAAAUGAAGAAAAACACAAAAGUCCUAAACCAAAAAUACUCACAGAAAAUUCAAUACAAACAAUUUUAAAAACAAAUAAUGUGACUCUUCCGUUUAAAUCAUCAAAGUUAGAAUUAUGCUGCUCUGAAACCAAAGGUAGACAUUUUAUUGCGUCAACUAAGAUUAAUUAUGGCGAACUUUUAAUUUUUGAAAAACCAGUGACAUUUGUAUUGUUAUCAGAAUAUUAUGAAUCAUUUUGCUACAAUUGUUGCUCUGCUCUAAAAUAUCAUUCAAUACCAUGUAAAGGUUGUAGUUCAAUUUUAUAUUGUAGCAUAGAAUGUCGAGAAAAGUCAUGGGAAUUAUAUCAUUGUUGGGAAUGCAAACAAGGUGCGUCAAUUUUUAAAUGUAUUGGAAUUGCUCAUCUUGCUUUACGAUUAACUUUGGAGACAUGUCAAAAUACCAACAAUGAAGCAGUUAACAAUCUUUUAACCCAUAUAAAUGAUUUCAAUUCUUUGGAGCUGUACCAAUAUUGUUUGACUGCUACUCUAUUACUUUUAUUUUUGGAAAAAAAAACAGACUUCUUUUCCAAAAAUCCAAAAUUGACAUCAUCAUUAGUAGGAAGUGAAUUAUUACACCACAUGACUAGAUUAGUUUGUAACGGAAAUGCAAUUUCAACUUACAUAGAAUCUAGAGAUAUUUCUACACCAAUGUCACCACUUAUUGAAGAAUCUGAAUCGCGUAUAGGAACUGCCAUAUUUCCUACUUCGAGCAUGUUAAAUCAUUCAUGUGAUCCUAAUAUAUUUUCCAGUAAUAUAUUGAAUUUUGUGGUUAUUAAAGCAUCACGAGACAUCAAAAAAGGGGAAGAAGUUACAAAUUGUUAUGGGCCUAACUUUCGUCGUAUGCGUUUUAGUGAAAGACAAGCUGCAUUGAAGAUGCAGUAUUAUUUUGAUUGCAAAUGUAAUAUUUGUAUGGAUCCAGUCAAGGAUAAUGCAUUCCAUCACCAAUUCAACAGACUUGUAUGUUUGUCAUGUAAAAAUGAAAUGAGAGAAACUAUAUUCGAUUUAGAAACUAAACAAAUUAUUUUAUGUGAUCAUUGCUCUAAAAGUUUUAAAAGUCUACAGUAUUCACAACAUUUAGCUAAAGUUGAUGAAACCUAUAACAAAGCCUUAAAAGAAUUUGAAAGCGACUAUUUUUCAAUAAAAUAUUUUCCAAAAGAAGACUGUACAAAAAAAGUCAUUGGUAGUUUAUUAGAAUGCUUAACUUUCUAUAAAUUGGUUCUAAACCAUAAAAAUUCAUAUAUUUUGAAAUGUCAAGAUAAUAUAGCAAAAUGUUUAGCAAUGAUAGCUGACUAUAGCAAGAGCCUUGAACAUUUAAAUAGUACUUUUAUAACAAUAGAACAGCGUUAUGGUGAAAAUAGUUUAGAAGUAGCAUAUGAAUUGAAAAAAAUUACUGAUAUUAUGUCCGAAAAUAUAGAUUCAGAAUGUUAUAAUAACAAGAGUUCAAUUAAAAAAGCUUUAAAAUAUAUAAAACGCGCAAUGAACAUUUUUCAUGCUCUUUUGUCUGCCUGGGAUAUUCCAUACAAUGAACCUGUAAGGAGUAUGCAAGCUAAGUACGAUAACUUGUCAAGUUGGCUUUAAUAAUCGUAGAGUCAACACUAUACAAUAUAUAGUUGUAAUUGAUCUACAAUAUACUAUUUUUUAAAGUAUACUGGUAAAAAUGAUAUAUUAAGUAAUAAAUUCAUAUUAUAUAUUUUGUCGGUAAUUUUUUUUGAACUUUAU